UUGCAGGUGAAGUUGAAGACUCCCUGGUUUUUCGUUCAGUAGAAGCUAUCUGCUUUGUUGUUCGUGUGUCGCAGCUGUUUCCUGGCGAAGAAGAAAACAGGAGAGUGCGCGGUUUUGUUUUGGACUUAGAGAUGUGAUUUCGUACGAAAGAAACUGCAGCAGAGCUAAUCCUUGCUUCUUGUUAUUUCUUAUUUUUGUAUGAAUUGUCAGCGAUGUUCGCUGUUGUGAUCUCAGGGACGAUAUGGGAAAUAUGUGUUGCAGGAGAGUUGGGUAUUCACCAAAUGGCGCGGAUUUGGACCAAAGCCGUUGCCACCAGCAACAGCACCAGCAACAACAGCAGAAAACACAGGCCAUGUCCAACGCAUAUCAUAACGCAGGCGAUGAUUGCGCCAUCAAUGAACUCCUCGAGGGUCGGAUGGAUCUGGACGUCAUACUGCCGGACGGAAGACAAGUCCGGCUUACAGUCGAAAGAAGGACUCCGAUGAUGGAUCUCCUCGUCCAAGCCGCCUCGGCCACAAAGAUUAGUCCUGCAGGUCAUGUCAUCCAUGUCUUUAGGGACGGUGGCAAAGAGAGUGGUAGUCUUCACUACAAACCAAGUACUCCUAUUGGGUCCCUGGAUACUAACACCAUCUGCAUUGUGCCUAAAAAAGACUCCAUCGAAAAUCAUGGGAAAAGAACACACAAGUUGGCAAAUAGACCUUUCGAACCGACGUUCCGUGUCCAGGUUCAUCUGCCGAGAAACCAGCUGACCGUGGCUCGAGUUUCCCCCAGGAUGAAAGUUGCUGAACUGCGCAACAUGGUGUGCCAUGAGAAGGGGCUGGACACUUCUAAAUACCAGCUUGUGAGACCCAACGAUCCUUCCCAACCAUUGGCGGGAGAUUUGACUCUGGCCGAAUACGGAUCAACAGAAAUCACCUUACUCUCCAACUCAUGUAUAGAAUCCCACAUUUGCAAUUCCACAUCACAUAUCAUUCCCUAUUCUAAGAGAUCGGAUGACAUCAAGAAGAAGGCCGGAAUUCUUAGGUUGCUAGCCGAGGAUGCAAGACACAAUUCAUCAAAGACCAGCAAGAUCAGUAACACUGAUGGUAUCAACAGAAACUCAACCCUGGUAAACCAAGAUGAUCUGCAGCCACAUCAAGGAAGAUAUAAGCCAAAGAAGCGUCGGCCUGCACCGCCUCCUCCACCACCAUUGCCAGAAGCCCCCUCACAUUCUCGACAGAGUUCAUCAGAUUCCAGCGGAUAUCACGAAGCUACCUCAUCCUUCCUCCACGAAGAGCAUUGCUUGACCGUUGCUGAAAAGGCUUCCAGCGACAGCAGCGGUGUCAGCAGUCUGGAUGCAAAAGUCCCACCUAUUCAGAUGCCACAGGCCACCAUCAUUCCCAACUCCAAAAAGAGAAAAGCUCCAGCUCCUCCUCCUCCUCCUCACGUAUCGGAAACGACACCGGUUGUCCAAAAGGAGCACGACUUGACGGGAUAUUUAGAAGCAGAAGAUGAAAGUCAGCCAAUUCAGAGUCAACCGACCGUGGUGGUGAAAUCGGCAGAGUUGACAACAGACAUUCCCAAAGAUGCUGUGUUAGUGAAAAAGCCUGCCCCAGUGAUUGUUAGAGAACGCAAAAGUGUAUCUAACAAUGAAACAUACAACAGUAGAGAACCCGAAGUGGAUAAAACCACGAAAAGUACUUCAGGGAUUGAAGAUGGCGAGGCCGUGACCAGGGUGGCGCUGGUCGCCCUCAACGCUCGAAUCGAACAGGACGUGACGCAACAGGAAAUCGCUUCCAGCAUCCAAGCAGCCUUCCAUUCCUUGGACUGUCCCCAGAGAACUGAACCGUCUCUUCUGGCCAUCAAGCAAAGGAGUACACCGACACAAGACCGAAGCGAAGAGGUUUCCGCAUCGGAUGAUAUUAAUGAGGAUCCUGAUCCUUCAUCUUGUCUGUCUCCUCCUGAAAUUAAAUGUGAACAGUUAGAUUAUGCCGACGGCUCAAAUGAUUUGCAAAAAACUACAGUGAGGCUUUCUUUGAGCUUAGAAAGCAAGCAAAGUGACGAUGAAGAAUUGGAACCCUGUCAAGAGACUAUUGCACCUCCGCCAGAUUUCAGAAGUAUAGAAAAAGAAGCUCUUGUUAUAGAUGAAGACCAUACUCCUAAGCCGCCACCUGCUACGCAUUUAAAAACUCUAAAAAGAUCAUCUUCAUUAUUGAAUCUUAAAGACGUUGCCCCGAAGAGUGGCACACAUAAGAAUUCCAAAAAUAUAAGACAUAUUCAAAGGUCUCUGUCUGAUCUCUGCGCGGAUGAUAAAGAAGAAUUCGAAGCAGAACAAGAGAGAUUGCAAAGGGAGUACAUCAAAUUGCAAAGACAGUUCAUUUUGUGGCAGCAGCAAUUAUUAAAUAAUCACGCCAUGUUGCGAGAAGAAUGCAUCGUACCUCAAUAUGCGCGAACCCUUCGACAAUCUCACAGCUUACCAGAAGGGGAAGAUUAUUCAGAUGAACCUUUGACCUCUGCUCCACUUGUAUCGAGGUCUUUGUCUUAUGAGCCGACAAAAGAAAAAUGUUCGACUCUGCCAAGAUCGACUAUUAAUAUACCAUCUUUAGAAUUCGGACCUAUUCCAAUAAAUAGCGGUUCCAGCACACUUAGAUCUUCAAAAACAAAAAAUUAUUUUAAGCCUCCCCAGGUAAGGACGUCCACUAAAAGUCGGCAAAGGCUACCUCCUGAAAUUAGAAAAGAAGGUGAGCUGGACAUUUCGGAUGACACAAAAAUGUUGUCAACCAUUUUGCCUUCUUUCGAGAGUUUGAAGCUUAUCUCAGAGAACAACGAUGAAGAUUUUCAGUCGAGUAUAUCACGAUUAAAAAAGCCAUUACACAUCGUGAAGUCCGAUAUCAAGAGUAACGUGCGACAACAGUCCGAAUGUAAAACACAAGCUUCUCAACUUCCCCUUAAAGUCUGCACUUUCCCCAAACCUCAUUCGAAGGACAAUGGUGAUAGAAAUGAUACCAUGAAUAAUGAUGAGUAUUUGAAUGGUGGAAAUGAGGACAGAAGCCAUUCGAAUGCUGCUUUAGGUCCUGUAAAUACAAAAGAGUUCAAAGAUAACCUGCUGCCCCCUCCACCACCGCCGUUACCAAUAGGAAAAAUAUCAAAAGUGUCUUGCCCAGAUGUUCCUCGCAAAUCCAUGGGUGUACGGAAUAGUACCGAAAGGAAAGAAUUAGCUCCUCAGAUCGAUCCCCGUGAGCAGCUGAUGCAAGAAAUUCGGAAAUUUGGAGGCCGGACUGCUCUUCGCAAGAGGUUUAACCCAUGGAGGUUAGAAUGGAUGGAGUAAGAAUGACGUCACAAAAUUGAAGCCAAGGAAAUCUGCAAGCUCAGAAAAGUCUUUUUAGGCAUAAUUUGGAUAAAAUACAGUUGAAACUUCCACUGAUCUGUCAGAUUUUACUACGUAUACAUUUGCGUUAUAGUUAUCAUUUACACAUUUUCAUGUACCUAGAU